AUGCUGGCCCACAUACCUGCUCUGGUCAUGAUUAUGAUGUGUCGGGGUGUGCUACUCUCUAUUGGGGACCCCCCUCAGUCCCGCCACGAGAUCCGCAUCGAGGGAAACCUGGUUCUUGGCGGCCUCUUCCCAGUUCACGAGAAAGGGGCUGGGAUAGAGGAGUGUGGGCGUGUGAAUGAGGAUAGAGGGAUCCAGAGGUUAGAAGCUAUGCUGUUUGCUGUAGACAGGAUCAACGCAGACCGCACUCUGCUACCUGGAGUUACACUGGGGGUUCACAUCCUGGACACCUGCUCCAGAGACACCUAUGCACUGGAACAGGCUCUGGAGUUUGUCAGAGCGUCCCUUACUAAGGUGGACGACACCGAGUUCAUCUGUCCAGACGGGUCCUACGCUCUGCAAGAUGACAGCCCCCUCGCCAUCACUGCUGUCAUCGGAGGAUCCUACAGCAGUGUCUCCAUACAGGUUGCCAACCUUCUCCGGCUCUUUCAGAUCCCUCAGAUCAGUUAUGCAUCGACCAGUGCCAAACUCAGCGAUAAGACGCGCUACGACUACUUUGCGCGCACCGUCCCCCCUGACUUCUACCAGGCCAAGGCUAUGGCGGAGAUCCUGCGGCUCUUCAACUGGACAUACGUGUCUACCGUGGCGUCGGAGGGGGACUACGGGGAAACGGGCAUUGAAGCCUUUGAGCAGGAGGCACGGAUGAGGAACAUCUGUAUCGCCACUUCGGAGAAGGUGGGGCGCUCUAAUGCUAAGAAGUCCUAUGAGGCUGUGAUUCGUCAGCUCCUCCAGAAGCCCAACGCUCGCGUGGCUGUUCUCUUCCUGCGCAGCGAUGAUGCCCGAGAGCUCCUGUCGGCAGCCGCCAGGCUCAACACCUCCUUCAUCUGGGUGGCGAGCGACGGCUGGGGCGCACAGGAAAGCAUUAUCAAGGGCAACGAGGUCACCGCUGAGGGAGCCAUCACUCUCGAGCUGGCGGCCAAUCCCUUGCCGGAGUUCAACCGCUACUUCCUCAGUCUGGACCCGUUCAAAAACCAUCGGAACCCCUGGUACAGGGAAUUCUGGGAACAGAGGUUCCAGUGCUCCCUGGGUGGUGGGGGACCAGGAGGAGGAGGCAUGACACCAGGAGACAUAGUUGGUUUCUCACUCCCGCCCUGUGAUAAGGACUUGGCAAUGGACAAGAGCAACUUUGAACCAGAGUCCAAGAUCAUGUUUGUGGUAAACGCGGUGUACGCCAUGGCUCACGCUCUCCACAAGAUGCAGAGGAGCCUGUGCUUCAACUCCACAGGGCUGUGCGACAGCAUGAAGGCCUUAGAAGGACGCAAACUCUACAGAGAUUACAUCCUUAACGUCAGCUUCACAGCCCCUUUCUCUCCCCAAGGCAGCGAGACCGUCGUCAAAUUUGACUCCCAAGGAGACGGCAUUGGCCGAUACAAUAUCUUCAGCUACCAGCGCACCGGUGACCGCUACGGCUACGUGCCAGUGGGUGAAUGGGCCGAGAGUCUGAGUCUGAGCACCGAUCUGAUUCACUGGCCCAGAGAGGUGGCGCCCACGUCGCAGUGCAGCGACCCCUGCGCACGCAACGAAAUGAAGAAAAUGCAGGCGGGCGAGUACUGCUGUUGGAUCUGUACAGCCUGUGAGCCUCACGAGUACCUGGUGGACGAAUUCACCUGUUCACCCUGCGCCCCCGGCCAGUGGCCUAAUGAGGACCUGACUUCCUGUUACGACCUGCCUGAGGACUACAUCAUGUGGGAAGACGCCUGGGCCAUCGGGCCGAUCACCAUCGCCUGUGUAGGGUUCAUGUGUACAGGUCUGGUGUUCUGGGUCUUCAUCCGACACAACAACACACCGCUGGUGAAGGCCUCGGGCAGAGAGCUGUGUUACAUCCUCCUGCUGGGAGUCUUCAUGUCCUAUGCCAUGACCUUCCUCUUCCUCGCCAAGCCCUCCCCUGCCAUUUGUGCCCUGCGACGCCUUGGGCUGGGCACUUCAUUUGCAGUCUGCUACUCGGCUUUGCUGACCAAGACCAAUAGGAUUGCCAGAAUUUUCAGCGGGGUGAAGGACGGAGGUGGAGCUGCAAGACCACGUUUCAUUAGCCCCUCCUCUCAGGUGUUUAUCUGUCUGAGUCUGAUCUCAGUUCAGCUGGUGAUGGUGUCGGUGUGGUUACUGCUAGAGGUCCCCGGGACGCGACGCUUCACGUUGCCAGAGCGACGGCAGACCGUCAUCCUCAAGUGUAACGUGCGCGACUCCAGCAUGCUGCUGUCGCUGGGAUACGACAUGCUCUUGGUCAUCCUGUGUACUGUGUAUGCCUUCAAGACCAGGAAGUGUCCAGAGAAUUUCAACGAGGCCAAAUUCAUCGGAUUCACCAUGUACACCACCUGUAUCAUAUGGCUGGCCUUCCUUCCCAUCUUCUAUGUUACAUCUAGUGACUACAGGGUGCAGACCACCACUAUGUGUAUUUCAGUCAGCCUUAGCGGGUUUGUGGUCCUGGGUUGCAUGUUUGCACCCAAGGUCCAUAUCAUCAUGUUCCAGCCCCAGAAGAAUGUGGCCAGCCACAGGCUCAACCUCAACCGCUUCAGUGUCAGCGGGCCCCCUACCACAUACGCAUCUCAUGCUUCGGUCAGUGCCCACUACGUGCCAACUGUGUGCAACGGGAGAGAGAUAGUCGACUCCACCACCUCGUCUCUGUGA